UUUUGUAUGUUGCAUACCAAAACAAACGAAAUCAUGGACUCCGUCGGCAAGAAUUUUGAAGAUUUGGAUAUUUCUGAAGAUGAAAUCAAACGUAUAUCAGAUGCUAUGAAAGAUGAAACUUUUAGAAAACUAUUUGUAGAAUAUGCUGAAGAAAUAUCAAAUCCAGAGAAUCGUCGGCUUUACGAGGAAGAGCUUACGCGUCUAGAAAGCGAUCGAGGGGUCGAUGUCACGUUUGUCAAUCCAACGCCGGGUCAUGUUUUGAAAACCAGUGUCAACGGUGAAUCAAAGGCGUUUAUUAACAUUUGCCAAAGUGAUAAGAUAGACAAACCAAAAGGCGAACGUCAGACAAAUGGGGAUGGCAAGAGUGGACUAAUGUGGCACAUACCUCAUUCAUUUGCUCCAGCAAGAGAAGAUUUGGAUAAAAAUGGCAAGAAGUGCCAGGUUUAUGAUGUUGUUUUCCACCCAGAUACAUAUAGAAUGGCACAGUCGAAUACACGAUUUAAUAAACUUGUCGAAGAUACAGCAAUUGACGGAAUUGAAAACAACUUUUCAGUUAAACUAUAUAAAGCUAAUCUCAAAAGACCAAACAUGAAAUUCAAAGGCACCCCAUCUGCCACUGUUAUUCGAACCAAAAAAAAUAAUCCAGGCUCUUCCGAACUUCGGAGCGAUAUUUUGAAAAAUAUGCCGUAUCCGUAUGAUGAAAUGAGUGAAAAAAAAGCUGACGCAAAGAAGAAAACUGAUAUUGUCACAGAAAAGAACAAGAAGAAUGUUCAAAGUGAUGUAACAAAUUCUCCUGAUCCAAGUUAUACCGUUCCAAAGUAUUCAAUUCUUCAUAGAGCUGAAUUAGACAUGCAAGAAUACACCAACUCAAGAAAUUCAAAAACCUCUACACGUCCAAAAGAACUUGUAGUAUCUAUAGAAUUGCCAUUACUAAAAUCUGCAGCUUCUGCCGAUCUUGAUAUCUUUGAGAAAAGGCUUGUGUUGGAGUCGAAGGAACCUGCUCAAUAUAAACUUGAUAUUGCAUUGCCAUACCCAGUAAACGAAGAUGAUGGCAGUGCUAAAUUUGACAAGACAAAGCGUUGUUUAAUUGUUACCUUGCCAGUAUUACCAAUGAAAUCAGAUUUGUAUCCAGUUAAACCCACAGAAGAUGAAACUCUAAAUGAGAAUUUAACUGGUGAAGAUAUUAACACUGAGGAUAAACCUCUGAUUGAAGUUCUAGAAACAUCUGAAAACAACUCAUCAUCCUCAUCAUCAUCAGCAGCAGGUUUAUCCCAAAGUGUUGAAACAGUUGAAAAUGCUGAAGAAGAAAACAAAAGUAGCCAUCAUCAGAGUUCUCCCAGCAUUAUAUACAAUAAGCCAGAAUUUACCUUUACACAAGAUGAAGAAACGAUAAACUUUGUUAUCAAUGUUAAAAAUGUCUCUUUAGAAACUGUAUCCAAAUCAUUUCCAGCUUCCAGUUCCAUUCAACUGAAAUUUGUGUCCUUGGGUUCGGGUUGUUUUCCAAUGUAUUAUAGUUUAUUUCUGCAGUUCCCUAAUGGAUGCGACAUUGCUUCAGAUCAUUGUUCUGUUGACAUCACUGAUAGUAAUCUCGUUUUACUCAUCCUGAAAAGUAAAAGUUGCAGGACAUUGUGGAAUUGUUUUAAAGCUGGCGUUGAUGGGAGUUCUUUAGAGGACAAGAUAUUUUUAACUGAGAAUAAUCUACAAUCAGAAUUAGAUAGAUUUGAUCAAGAAGCCAGUGAAGAAGUAAUCAAUUCUUUUAAGACCGAAGUCUUGGUCUCGGAGAUGAACGAAAAGAAGCUAACCAUAAAAUUAAACAGAUUGUCGUUAAAAGAAGAAGAUGAAGAAUAUGACGAUACUCCCUCCUCUGCCGACAUUGAAGUCGUUCACAAAGUUGCUCCUCCAAGACUCCAUAGUAUAUUAAAACAACGAACAAUUUCUGAAUCUAGCGACGAUUACGGGUUAUCUCCAACCAGCGAAAGUCCACGCUCUGACGAGGAUUAUUCUAAACUCCACAAAUCGGUGUCAUUUAAUAAUCGCGUGGACUCCACUUCCUUUCACAGUAACAAAUGUCCUCAGAGUGUGAAAACUACGCUACACAACAAACGUAAGAAGGCAAGAAGAAAGGAAAACUUGAAACAACAACGAAAGGAGCGACACAGAAACAACAGCACAGGUUCGGAGUAUAGCAGUGGGGAUGAUUUGUCAGAUUGUCAUAGCCAAUCAGACACUGCAACCACAAACAGCGAUGAUUUUGAAAAAAUCCACGAGGAAACAGAAGAUGUCACUGAAGAGGUUAAUAAAUUAGCUAAAGCCAUCUCUAAAGGUUUUUCUGAGAGCCCAACUGUGGAUUCUGAUAGUCAACAGAAAUGCAACUGUCGUCAAGGGUCAGACGACGGAGAUGGGGAUGGUGUUAAAACGAAUGGUGCAGCUAAUCAGCAGCCCUUAGAUUUUAGGACUAGUGGGAAGAAAAAGCGAAACAAGGGGAAAGGGAAGGGUAAAAAAUCUAAUCAGGGCAUGAAUAAAAGUGAUAAAAUAGCUUCGACAUCUUCAACGGAUGACGAUAAUACUCAUUCCAAUGAUCUCGUUACUAAUGGCAACAGUAAACCACCGUCCAAAUCUAUGGAUAACCACACAGAAUCUAUAUCUGUAGAUCAUGGUAGCCAAACCGACCAAACAAUGGAACCUUCCAGCACACAGACUACAGAAGCUACCAGUAAAACAGAACCGGCCAUCAGCAAAGCGAACAAAGGAUCUGAUUUGAAGAAGGUAGCCGUAGCCUCAGGCAGCAUUUCUCAAUCAGGUGAUCUUCAAAGAAUGGCAGACGAAACAGAUUCUUCUAUCGUUAGAAUUGUCGCAGGAGGCGAUUCGCAACCUGACUCAGAUGACGAUGUGGAGAAUGGUUUGGGAGCACCUACUAAUGAGCACAGAACAAAGUGUGCCUUUAAAUUCUCCAAUUCUGUGAUAUAUGACUUGGAUGUUGAAUAGUGAGUGUAAAGUGAGUGCUAGAUCAGUUCAGAUUGAAUGAUGAUCCAAAAAUGGGGUUAUAUCUAUAGUCAAUAUAGCAUUUAAACAUCUAUUAUGGUAUUUUUGUUAUUUUGUUAAUGAUAAAAUUUGUAUUUCAUUAUUUUAUGAAUUGUAUGUAGGAUGAAGGUGAGAGAUGUGCAUGAACUUGAAGCAUUACAUGUAAUUCUGUUUUCAGUUUGAACAUGCACUAGAAUUUAUUCUUUAUUUCUUUAAUAAUGAAAUCUCUUGUGUUAAAAUUUGAAGAAUGUCUUCAUGAAGUUCUAGAAGAGAUUGGUUCAUGUCAUUUUUGUUAAAACAUGAUCAUUUCAUAAGCUGUUAUAGCAUUAGUCAUAAAUUGGUGCAAAUUUAAGGUAUAGGUAUAUGCAUUUCAGAAUUUUAAGGAAAAUGUUGAAAAUAGAAGGAUGACAUAAGGUGUGUAUCACAGAUUGAAAGUAGUUUCAAUUACAUUUGAAUUGUUAUGCCCAGAACGGGAUAGCCUUUGCUUGAUAUAGACCUGAAUUCUGACUAAAACUUUUUUAAUUAAGAAACUGUUCUUUCAUUCAUACUUUUUCAAGUGAAGAACAUUUCACUAGGUCAGAAAGAGUUAUUAAAAAUUGAAAAGGUGAAAAGAACAUUUCACUAUGUCAGAAAGGUUUAAUAAAAAUUAAAAAGGUGAAAAGAACAUUUCGCUAUGUCAGAAAGGUUUAAAAAAAAUUGAAAAUGUGAAAAGAACAUUUCACUAUGUUAGAAAGGUUAUAUAAUAAAAAUCGAAAAUGUGUUUAUCUUGUUUUGGACAGAGCUGUUUUGUUUAGAAGAAAUUUUUGUUUGAAGGAUGAUUAUACGAUUGAUUGAUUGAUAUAUAUUAAAGAAUGUAAUUGUAAAAGUAUACAAUAUAUUAGUUUUUGUUUUAAGAAUUGUAUAUAGUGUGGGUCAUUGAAUAAACUACUUCCAAUAUUAAAUGAAAAGGUGAAUGAUAUAUCUUUGGUAUGCUAGAUGUAGAAUGUGAUGGAAUAAAACUAAUAAAUGUA